UUGGACUCAAUUCAAAGAAAACGGUAUAUUUUUCCAUUCAUCCUGCGGUCACACAGUGGUUACAUAUGUUGGAGCAACCGGAGGAUAUUACUGGAGUUAUUCGAACGUGAUAUUGCUCGCCCAAUUUGUUUAUUUUAAACCAAGCAUGCUUCAGCUGAGAGUUAUUUGCCAACAGCGAAACAUAAGAUGUCUGUCUUACUUCUCAAGUGCCUUCAACAAUUUGGCAAAUCAAGGCUUGCCAAGUGUGCCGGCCACAAGCAUUCAAAACGCUGCUGAGUCAAAACUUUUGGAUCUGGAUGUUUUUGUUAACCAGGAUCACAGACAAAUGGAUUUCGUGGACAAACUGGUCAAGCUAAGAAAACAAAAGGAUUGCACAGCUGUGCCGCUGCUGCCAAAUCUUGUAGUCAAACAGCUACUGGAGUACACUGGACCGCAGGAAGCGAUUCUGGCGCUGCAGAAUCCACUGCAGUAUGGCAUAUUCAUUGAUCAGUUUGCCGGCUGCCAUUUAAUUGACUUGCUAAUGCACAAUGGCAGCCAUCGGGAGGCAGCACAAGUUGCCGCUAUGCUCAUCGAACGCAACUUAUGUAAUAACGAGCUGAUCGCUUCCCUUGCCAUUCAAUCUUUUCACGCUUACCUCCAGAAGUUUGAGUUAAAAGUCGCCGAAAAAGUUGAGCAGUCAACUGAAGUGGAGAAAGUUCGCGUAAAAUUUGUGCGCAAUCGCAACGAGGCUGAAAGUAUCAAAACUGAAGAACAGGUAAUGGGGGAAGCUUUGCUAAAAUUAGCUGAUAAUGCUGCUCUCAAGGAUUUGUCUGAGAAUGUUUCAUUGCUGGGUUAUGCACUCACCGGUAACCUUGUUGAAGCAGAAAAAGUGCUUUCCACCAGCAAGGACAACUUGUACAAAGGCAUUUUAGAAGUCGCUCGAAAGGUGAUUGAUGCUUUAAGUACCGAGAAACCUGCCGAGUUGCUUAAUCAGCUGGAUCAGGCCAUAACCGAUAGUAAACGUAGCGAGUCCUUGGAUGAACUACUUAUUCAUCGCGUGAAGCGUAGUGCCGCAAGUCUGGAGCCACAACUGAUGUCGGACUACACAAAGAGCUAUAAGGAUUGGGAAGCCAACUUCCAAAAAGCUGUACAAGCCAAACUAAAAGUCCAAGACAUAGGCAAACGUGUCGAGGAGAUUGAGACGACUUUGAGUGAACUGGAGACGAGACGUCAAAGUCUUUGGUACUUUGAGAACAAAGAGGACAUCGACAUGCAAAUCUUCAAAAAGCAAAAGCAUUAUCCAAAGCGAUGGUUCGGCAAGAAGAAAAAGCCUAAGGCAGUAGACGCCUUCUAUGUGCCCCCUGAAAUAUCACGAGGCAAUUGAAUGAUGAUUGAUCUUAAAAUAAGAGAAAUGUCACAGUGUCCUGUCCAGUUUUUAUGAUUUAAUUAAACUACUGG